UUAUGACUUACGUCAGUGUGGGUGUUCACGGCAGCCAUUAUUCCUAAUUUCUACGUAAAAAAUUACUUUAGUUUUCUAUUUUACGCCGCACUUUUUCGAAACAAAGGAGUUCGUUAUUUUUGAUAAUUUGUACUACUUCAUCAAAGUGUUCGAAAUAAAAUUAUAGUACAAAAUGAAUCCAGAAUACGACUACUUGUUCAAGCUUUUGUUGAUCGGCGAUUCCGGUGUUGGAAAAUCGUGUCUUUUGUUAAGAUUUGCAGACGACACAUACACAGAGAGCUACAUAAGUACCAUUGGUGUGGACUUUAAGAUAAGGACUGUAGAAUUAGAUGGCAAGACAAUAAAAUUACAAAUAUGGGAUACAGCAGGACAGGAGAGGUUUAGAACAAUCACAUCAUCAUACUACAGAGGAGCCCAUGGAAUCAUCAUUGUUUACGAUUGUACAGACCAGGACUCAUUUAGCAAUGUCAAGCAGUGGUUGGAGGAAAUUGACCGCUAUGCAUGUGAUAAUGUCAAUAAGCUGCUGGUCGGCAACAAGUGUGAUCUCACUACAAAGAAAGCUGUUGAUUAUACUACAGCCAAUCAAUAUGCUGAACAGUUAGGUAUUCCAUUCUUGGAGACCAGCGCGAAGAACUCCACGAAUGUUGAGCAAGCGUUCAUGACGAUGGCAGCUGAGAUUAAGGCGCGCGUUGGUCCGCCAUCUGCCGGUUCACCGACAUCCAGUAUGUCCGUCAAGAUCGACCAGGGACGGCCCAUUGAUACCGGCAAGUCGUCUUGCUGCUGAAUAUUACUCACACUUGGCUGGCGAGAUAAUGGAGCCGUCCGGGCCACAGCUCGCCUCACCACACUAUUAAACGCAAAUACAACAAUCGUUUUAUUGCAUUAAUUAUUAUAAACAAAUCUAAAAAAAUAGUGAACUUAUUUUAAGCUAACUUCUCUUAAGUUGCAACGUCCAACAUAUUGUUAGUUCAACGGAACGGUGAAAUGUAUGGGUGUAUGUUUAUACAUAUUUAUAUAUAAUGAUUAUCGUAGGUAUAAUUUUACGUGCUCCGUGCAGAUCAUCCAUGCGUCGCGGGAAAUUUCAUGUUUUUGUAUUUAGGAUUAUAGUGAAAUAAUAAAAAUCUAAAGGUUCACUCGGUAUGUUUGUUCUGGGCUAAUUAGCCGGCUUCUUCACUCGAGGUACUAAUUUUGCACUGAGUGUUAUUCCAUUAUAUUUGUAUUGAUCCGCAAUGGCUAUACCACAUUUUGUGUUAGGAUCCGAUUUCCUUGACUGUGCCGUGUGUGAUACAACUAAAAUAGUUCCAGGUUUCUAGCAUUACCGUUGUUCAUAUCUUCAUUACUUAACACAAAAUUGUAGAUAUAGCAAAUUGGCCUUAGCGUUAGACGGAUGUAUAGUAAUAAUGUUUAGUCAACAAUUUGGAUUCAGCGGGAACAUAGUAUUGAAAGACAUUCAUUAAUAUCACUGCAGUGGUUGUCGUGCGAUUUUUCAACUUUCACGUUAAUUUUAAAGUCCUUAAGUAUUAUGAAAUUAUUUUAAUCGCAAUAAUACAUGUGGCAUUUGAAAAAUUGCAUGCUAAUUUUAUUGAUUGAUCAUAUGAAACUUAAUUAUUUUUGUACUGUUAUUUGAAGGAGUUAAGUUUAGUUAGAUCCGCUAACCCACUGUAAUUCUGUAUUGAGGAUUUCUUAGAAAUUAAAACAAUAUGCUAUUAA